GAAAAGUUUUAAGUUCAUUGUACCCUCAAAACUAGGUUAAAACUUUUCCUUAGAGGUUAGCAAUUGAAACUAUGCUGCAGUGCGCCUGCAGGAAUUUAAAUUAGACUCCAGGGAUGUUUCCUCUUCCACCUGUUGAAUGCGCAAACAACCAACAAAAUGUGCCACAUUUCGUCACAUGGCCGAAGCGCGCCCAGUCUCAGAUCCUAGCAACCAAAUACCCACCCGGUUACCCGAGCGAUACACCAUCGAUGCGUUGUGUUUAUUUUUCUAUUCGAUUGUGGAUUGUGUAAAAUUUUUCUAGAAUAUAGGAAUUUCCUCAAAUAGCUUUGCUUAUUCAUCAAAAUGACGGAGCGAAAUAUUGAACUACAAACGACUCUGGUCCGUUACAACAACCCGGUGUUGGUCGUUAAACACACAGAAAAGAAAGAAACCCCUCCGGAUGUCGCAAAGGAGCAAACCGGUCGUCCCGGGUCCGGCGGAGCAGUUGUAGUGGAAAGUCCCCGGGAAACGGAAGAAAUCCUUAAUUGCAUUCUGCCACCCAAGACCUGGGAAGAAGAUGGACAGCUGUGGACCCAAACGGUGUCCAGUACGCCAGCUACCCGUCAGGAUGUCAUCAAUCUGCAGGAGAUGUUGGACACAAGACUCCAGCAAACGCAAGCCCGCGAAACGGGAAUCUGUCCGGUGCGGCGCGAACUCUAUACGCAAUGCUUCGACGAGCUGAUCCGGCAGGUCACAAUCAACUGUACCGAGCGGGGACUGCUGCUGCUGAGGGUGCGUGACGAGAUCGCCAUGUCGAUGGAAGCGUACGAAACGCUCUACUGCAGUUCGGUAUCGUUCGGAAUCCGGAAGGCUUUGCAAGCUCAGGAAGGCAAAGAGAAACUGCAGGAGCGCAUUCAGUUGCUGGAGAAAGAGAAGGAAACGCUGGAGAACGCGAUCAACGAUAUGAAGAUCAAGGCCGAUCAGUCCGAACGAAGGAAUGCCGAACUGCAGGCGUCCGAGGAGAAGAAGCACGCCGAGGAGAUUGCAUUCCUGAAGAAGACCAAUUCGCAGCUGAAGGCUCAACUGGAAGGAAUUAUCGCCCCCAAGAAAUAAGUCAGCUAAGGCUUUCGAAGCGCAGUUAGAUAUCUAGAAUUAUUUAGUCAUACAAAAAAUCUCACUUUUAUUACAUAACAUGGAGAAAUGCAUUCGCUUUC